AUGACCAUCAUCUUCAAGUCGCCGUACCCAGACGUCCACAUCGCGGAGGACGCAGCCAUCUGGAACAAGCUGGAGGAGCACGCGCUCGAGAAUGGCGACAAGGCAGCGUUUGUCUGCGGGAUGUCAGAGAGAUCGCUGAGCUUCGCGGAAGUGUUCAAGAUGGCUCAAUUCCUCGUGGCCGGUCUGCUGGCAAGCGGCAUCAAGAAAGGAGACGUCGUGAUCUUGCACUCCUUCAACUGUCUGGAGUACCCCGUGGUGUUCCUCGCACUCAAUCGCUUGGGUGCAGUCUGCUCGCCGUCCUCUCCGCUCUUUAACAGCGACGAACUCGCAGACCAAAUCCGAUCCGCCAAGGCAUCCGCGGUGAUCUCGCACGUCGCGUUCGCAGAGGUGGCAGUCCAAGCUGCAACACUCACUAGCGUCUCACUCAAGCGCGUGUUCACCCUUGGCCAUCCUAAAGGUACCUCUGGUCUGCAAACCAUCGAAGCGCUGAUGGCUCUGACGCUGCCCCUCCCACCUUUACCCGCCAUCAACCCGGGCGACGUCGUGUUGCUGCCGUUCUCAAGCGGAACAACCGGUCGUCCUAAGGGUGUCGAGCUCACAGCUCGUGCGAUGUACGCCUGUGGCGCUCGAGUGGCUGCUCUGGAGCGAGACACCGACUACAUGCUCGCAGUGCUGCCGUUCUUCCACGUCGCCGCGAUCAUGAUCUUCCACGUGACGAUCUUCAAGAAGAUGACGACGAUCGUGCUGCCUCGAUUCGAGCCCGGGAGCUUCCUACGCACCAUCGAGAAGUACCAACUCGACACGGUCAACGUCGUGCCCCCGAUCAUCCAGUUCCUGGCGAAACACCCGCUCGUGGACAAGUACGAUCUCUCGGCCAUCAACCGCUUGGGUUCGGGCGCUGCACCGCUGGGUGACGAGCUUGUCGACGCCAUCCACAGUCGAUUCGGCGUCCCAGUGCUGCAGAGCUACGGCAUGACGGAGCUCGCUGGCACCGCCACCCAUUCGUCCGAGACGGUCUUUCGCAACGGUGCGUCGGGGAAACUUCUCCCCAACACGGAACUGCGCGUGAGAUGCCUUGAUACUGGAGUUGAUCUGGGUGCAAACCAACGUGGCGAGCUGCUGAUCCGGUCGCCGGGCGUCAUGAAGAGAUACCCGGACGCUACUCGCGAGAUCUUCACUCAAGAUGGCUUCAUCUGCACUGGGGAUGUUGGCUACAUUGACCAAGAUGGCUACAUCUUCAUCGUCGACCGCAUCAAGGAGCUGAUCAAGUACAAGGGCCACCAAGUUGCCCCCGCAGAGAUCGAGGAUGUGGUCAACUCGCACCCUCAGGUCGCGGACUCGUGCUGCAUCCGCGGACUCGACUUGGCUACGGGUGACGAGAUCCCCAAAGCAUUCGUGGUGCUAAAGUUCAAUGGGGACGAACCGUUGACGGCGGAGGCGUUGAUGGAGUACGUGGCGUCGAAGGUGGCGGGCUACAAACGCGUGCGCGAAGUCGAGUUCAUCGACGCCAUCCCCAAGAGCUUGUCCGGUAAAAUCCUCCGCCGCCAGCUGCAGCUCCAACAGGACGAGAAGAUUGAGGCUGCUCGGUCGCUUCGGAGCCGCCUGUGA